AUGAAGGCCUUCACCAUCCUCGCUGCCCUCCUCACUGUGGUCGCUGCCACCAACCCCUUCGCCGCCCGCGCCGACUGCAGCUGCGAUAUCAGCAAGUGCCCUACCUCCGGCCCAGCUCACUGCGUCUGCGUAACCGGCCUCCUUGACUCCUGCUACGUCGCGCAAACCAACGCCGGCAUCGACUGCGGCAAGCCCGUCUACCCCGCCUGUGGCGGCUCUGGCGGCGGCAAGUGCGGCACCGACGAGAUCUGCUAUGUUCCCGACAAGAACUGCGAUAUCCACUCGGGCAAGUGCACGGGGCUCUGCGCGAGCGACUACUGCGGUGGGCAGUGGGAUAAGCAGUGCGCGGACGAUCGCUGGAGCUGUGUUUAUGACGAUGCAUGCUUGAAGAAUGGUGGAGUUGAUUGCGAUGGGCACUGUGUGCUGAACUAG